AUAAUAAUAAUGGAGUACUAACAUGGUGAUGAUUAGUGGAGCAAGUAAAUAAAUUCGAAAUAGUACCUGCACAGACCAGACCAGACCAGGCCUGAGUGGUAGUUGGGGUUGGGAUUAGGAUUAUGAUUAAGGGCAUGGGAGGGAAGGCUCAUCAGUACAGUACAGUACAGUACAGCUUGCUUAUUGGAAAUUAAUUACCCUUUGACCGAGAAUCCCAUCAAUCAUAUUCAUACACUCACCAAUACCAAUACAGAUAUCGAGCACUGUAGCUAAGCUAGCUCUAACAAACCAGAGGGAGGGGAGGCUCGCUGGCCUGGCUGGCUGGCUGGCUGGCUGGCAGGGUUGAAAAUAGAAGACACAAGGGAAGGGCUGGUUCCAUAAAAAAUUAAUUCGAUCCUGUUGGAGGAGGAGGAGGAUAAGAUGAGAUGAGCAGCAGAGAGAGAAAACAUUUCGUCAAAUCAGAGGUGGAAUCCAUGAGUGAGUAUAUGUCGCCUCUCCCUCUCUCCCUCUUUUCCUGCUCUGCGUGUGUCUUCAGUGCUUCUUCCAUUUGAGGUUAAUAGCUGAAGGGUAUAAAAAUAUAUACGUUGAAAAGCAGCGCAUUAAAUUGGUUGCUUACAUUUGCAGUUGAGCUGGUUUUGUUGUAUUGUGAGUGGUGUUUGUUCCCACACAGCCUUCCUCCUUUUUCUCCAUAUUUUCGUGCCCACGAUUAAUAAAUUUAUUCACAUCCUCUGUCUGUAACCACCCACCCCUUCUCCACCACCACCGCCUCUCUCUCCUACACCCCCCAAAUCUGAUUUGCGACUGAAAAUCGAGUCUUUUGUGGGUGAAGUAAAGAUGGGGAAUAAGUUCAUCUGCAUGACUAAGAAGGAUACCAAGAAUGGUGGGAUUGGAUCAAGGAGUAAAAGGGGCGGUUCAAUGUCAAGGAGGAGGACUUCCCUGGAAGAAGAGCUUCUGCACAAACAAGCACUGGCUAUGGCAAUUCAGCAGCAUCAGCUUUCCCAGAGAUUUGACAACGGUUCCAUGUCUCGGAGGAUUGGAUCCACCUCCUCCCGCCGCCGCAACACUGGUUUAUUAGACCCUUUGCAUAGUACCGGUGAUAACACCAAACAGUUGCCAGAAUUUCUGGAGAGCAUCAAAACAAAGAAAUUUGUGUUGGUUCACGGCGAAGGAUUUGGGGCUUGGUGUUGGUAUAAAAGUAUUGCUCUACUUGAAGAAUCAGGAUUACAUCCAGUUGCCUUGGAUCUAGCUGGAUCUGGCAUUGACCUAACAGAUACGAAAAAUAUCACAACAUUGGCAGAGUAUUCGAAACCAUUGAUUGAUUAUCUGCAGAAAUUACCCGAGGAUGACAAGGUAAUCUUGGUUGGUCAUAGUAGCGGAGGAGCUUGCAUUUCCUAUGCUUUGGAGCAACUCCCUCAAAAGAUCUCAAAGGCUGUUUACCUCUGUGCUACUAUGAUAACUGAUGGGCAGAAGCCCUUUGAUGUUUUUGACCAAGAGCUUGGUUCUGCAGAACUUUUCUCAUCUGAUUCUAAAUUUCUGGUCUACGGCAAUGGGAAGGACAACCCCCCAACAGGAUUCAUGUUUGAGAAGCAGCAUCUGCAUGGAUUAUACUUCAAUCAAUCUCCGACUAAGGAUGUUGCUUUAGCAGCGGUCUCUAUGAGACCUUUCCCUCUCGCUCCAAUGAUGGAGAAACUGUCGCUAUCUGAAGAAAAACACGGAUCUGGCAGGCGAUUCUACAUUCAGACGCUUGAUGACCAUGCGCUGUCGCCAGAUGUCCAAGAAAAGCUUGUGAGGGAAAACCCACCGGAAGGAGUCUUCAAGAUAAAAGGCAGUGACCAUUGCCCUUUCUUCUCAAAGCCUCAGUCAUUACAUAAAAUUUUGCUUGAAAUAGCUCAAAUUCCCUAGCUAACCAGCAGCAUUGCACACCUCUUCUAUGAAGAUUUCCGGUGAAUUAUUUGCUGUAGUUAGGAUGUAUAAUAUCCUUAUGCACUUGGCCGUACAAUAUACAGAAAUUGGGGUAAUCUAAGUAUUUAUUUUAUUUGGCA